AAUGGUUAAAUAGGUAAGAGGUGAAAAAACCUUGUUAUAUUAGGAUUAAAUUUGACUGUUACAAUUUAACAGGUGGUGAAAUGAAUAUUAAGGUUGAUGUGGAUGACUUGAAACCUGAAGAACAGAAUAUGCAGACUGGCAUGUUGGCGACAGAAUCUGUCAGAUGUCAAGAGGUUCAGCAGCCUGGGGCAUCUGCUACAUCAGCUGCAUCUGGAAGUGUGUCUUAUCCACAGACAGAAGAUCUCAAGGCUCUUAAAGAGAAAACCUUUCUAUCAAUUAUUAAAGAUUCUUUCCACUCCACAAAGCCACAGUCCAUUGAAGAGUGGAAUUGGUUUAAGGAAUAUGCAAAAGAAAUGAGGGUCAUCAUUACUGGUGUCUCUGAAGGAAGUUUGGUAAUAACAGUGAAGUGUGAAUCUCUAAUGAUCUUGGAGGAGUUGUGGACAGAUUACUCAUCUGGUCAUCUUGGUGAAGUGGUUCAGAAUUGUUUUGUAACUGAAAAGAUCUUGAAGGAACUGAACCUGGCUGAGCUGAGGCUGAAGACAACAAUGGACAUAGAAGAGUACAAUGCAUGCAAAAUGUUCUUUGAGAAAGAUGCACUUAGAGGUACUUCACCCCUCAUUGUGGUACCCACCACUGGUCAUGGAAAAGAACUAGAAGAAUCUUGGGGAAGGAAAGGCAUGUUGCCUCUUCCUGGACCUUCCACCUUUGAUCCUGAUGAAGAACUAGUAGAGCCAUGUUUGAAACGUCAAAGAAUGGAAGGUACUUCACCCCUCACUGUAAUACCCACCACUGGUCAUGGAAAAGAACUUAUAGGAAAAGCACAGGGAGGGAAAGGCAUGUUGCCUCCCCUUGGAUCUUCCACCUCUGAUCCUGAAGAAGAACUAGAAGAGCUACGUAUGAAACUUCAAACUAUGAAAGGUUCUUCAUUUCCCCCUCUUCUCUCCACCACAGAUCUUGAAGAAAAGUUAGGGAGAGUAUGUGUGGACCUUGAGAUGCUAAGAACGGAAGGUAGUUUUCCUGUCCUUAAAGUUUCAAUCGUUGAUCUUGAGGAAAAACUAACUGAACUACGCUGGAAGCUUUGGAGGUCCAGAAUGGAAGGUUGUUUUCCUGUCCUUCAAUGUUCAACCGUUGAUCUUGAGAAAAAACUAGAUGAACUAUGCAUGGAGUUUCAGAGGCUCAGAAUGGAAGGUACUUUGCCUCCUCCUAAACUCUUUACUACUGAUCCUAGAGAUGACUUUGAAAGACACUUUAUAGAACUUGAUAGAGUCUCAAUGAAAGGUUCUUCAUCUCCCCCUCUUCUCUCCACCACUGAUCUUGAAGAAAAGUUAGGGAGAGUAUGUGUGGACCUUAAGAUGCUAAGAAUGGAAGGUAGUUUUCCUGUCCUUAAAUUUUCAACCAUUGAUCUUGAGGAAAAACUAACUGAACUACACAUGAAGCUUCAGAGGUCCAGAAUGGAAGGUACUUUUCUCUCCCCUGCACUCUUAACUGCUAAUCUUGAAGAAAAACUAAUAGAACUACUCACAGAACUUGAGAGACAAAGAGAUAAAGGUAGUUUACCUCCCACUUUUUCCACCAUUGAAGUAGAAGUAGACGAACUACUCAAGAAAUUUCAGAAAUGGCGGAUCGAAGCAUUGGAGAACGUCAUGUAUCCGACCAUCAGAUCAGGACUGGCGAAGUUUGAUGUCAGUUUACCCGAGGAACUCCAGAACCAUGUCAGUUACUUAUUAGAUGAGUCAGCCAAACUUCACUUACGUAAGCAAGUACUCCAACCACCUCGUGCCUUGGAGGAACUACGAGAAGCAAUGGAUAAAGACGAAUUGAAAACAUUCCUUACUAUUCACAUCAGAGAAGGUGCAUGGCAAGUGGUGCUGCUGUUUACGGAUGAGCUCCCCAAAGUUAAACUACCAUGGGAUCGGUGUGGUAAAAUUCAUAACGAGGACGAGGACGAGGACGAGGACGAGGACGAGGACGAGGAGGUGUCUAAUGAAGUGAUAUACAGUUCGAAGUCAGGCAUAUUGAAUGGGUGGCCAACACAUUACGACCCUGGUUUGGUAACACUGUGUAAAGCGAUCACCAACAAGGACUGGAAAGUAACCAGAUUAAUUCUCUCUCUGAGUCGGAUACCUGAUGAAGGUUUGAAGAACUUGAGUACAGCGCUUUCUCAGAGUGAACUUUACAGCUUGACACUGUAUGACAUUGGUUUACAAAGUCAAGGAUUAGAACACCUGUGUAACGCGCUAACCAGCGUUAACUGCAGAUUAACAAACUUAAACGUCAGGUGUAAUAAGUUGGGAGACGUAGGAAUAAUGCACUUGUGUAACGCGCUAACCAGCGUUAACUGCAGAUUAACAAACUUAAACGUCAGUUUGAAUAAGUUGGGAGACGUAGGAAUAAUGCACUUGUGUAACGCGCUGACCAGCGUUGACUGUACAUUAACCAGCUUAAACGUCAGUGACAGUGAUAACAAUCAGUUGGGAGACAACGGAUUGAAACACUUGUGUGAUGCAUUGACCAGCAGUAACUGUGCGUUAACCAAAUUAAAAGUCGGUUUUAAUAGAUUAGGAGAUGGGGGAAUGAAGGAAUUGUCUGAGGUUUUAACCAACGGAUUCUGUACAUUAACAAGUUUAGACAUACGCGGCAAUAAAUUUGGAGAUGGAGGAGUCAAGCACCUGUGUAAGGCUUUGACUGAUACCAAAUGCAAACUACGGAGCUUAAACCUCCGGGCAAAUUCGUAUGUAACAGAUGAUGGAAAAAAAUAUUUGUCUCAAAUGUUAAUUGGUACUGACUGGGAAGAUGAAGGAGCUCUACGACUUUACCGUUCGACUACAAAGUAGACCAAGGAACAAGUCAGUGACUCAGAGCCGUGACAGCAUCCUCCUGUUACGUUUCGCUUGUCAUGAAAUAAAUUACAUUUUUAUAAAUGAAAACUUAAUGAUUAUUGUUCAAGGUAAUUAAUUCGAUAACUGACCUUCUAGUCACUAUAACUUGUUGAACAGAGUAUUAAAAUUGACCAGCAGUGAGGCAGUCGAAACAUCGUGAUCAAGAAUUGAGGAAUGACUCGUUAUCAUGACACAAAUGAUUAUUAAACGUUCAUUGUUGGAUAGACGAAUUUCACUGUUUUAAAAAUUAGACUAUAAAUGCAACUGUAAUUUCGUAUAAAGGAUCUGUUGGUAAUAAUGUCAAAAAUUUUGUAAAAAAUGUUUUUAGCUACAGGGUUAUACUGGUGAUUUAGCUGUAAUAAGAUGCCAAGAAUAUUGAAUGAUAUUUUGAUAACCUAUCUAAUGAAUAUCGUUGUCUUCUAAAGGAAAACUUUGAAAAGACUACAUGAAUUAGUGACGUAUUAUUUUUAGGCUUUCAUAUUUUUUGUUAGUAGACUCCAAGAGUAUAAUGUUUAAGCUUCAUUUAAAUAUUUGGAAUGUUUUUUCCUGCCUUGUUCAUUUUCGAAGCCAAAUGUAGGCGUUGUAAAACCAAUUGUAUUCUCUUUCAAAUGAGUUUAUUUGGACUUUGCCUCGUAAUUCAUUUACGCAAAGCUUGUACUCUAACUAUUAAUUUUUUUCAUCCUAGUAGAAAAUUUUAUGAACAGCGGAGUUUUGUAAUACUCUUAAAUUACAUACGAAUGGUAGAAA